AUGGGUGCCUGCUGCAGCUGCUUGUCAUCGUCUAAUAGCGAUGGGAAAUACCCGCCUCUUCUCUUAGCUGAAAAUGAAAGGGAGGCCAUCUCAGCACUUUUGCAAUACUUGGAAAACCGUUCAGACGUGGACUUUUUCAGUAAUGGGCCUUUGCGUUCCUUGCUGACCUUAGUGUACUCUGAGAAUAUUGAUUUGCAAAGAAGUGCUGCUUUGGCCUUCGCAGAAAUUACAGAAAAGGAUGUACGCGAAGUGAACAGAGACGUGUUGGAGCCCAUUUUGAUUUUGUUACAAUCUAAUGAUACCGAGGUCCAAAGAGCUGCUUGUGGUGCGCUAGGAAACUUGGCUGUCAACAAUGAAAACAAGGCUUUAAUUGCUGAGAUGGGUGGCAUCGAGCCUCUCAUUAGGCAGAUGAUGUCGCCCAACAUCGAAGUUCAAUGUAACGCUGUGGGGUGUGUCACUAACUUGGCCACUCAAGAUGAAAACAAGACAAAAAUCGCUAAAAGUGGUGCUUUAAUUCCCUUGACCAAGCUUGCAAAAUCCAAAGAUAUUCGCGUGCAAAGAAACGCAACGGGUGCUUUGUUGAAUAUGACCCAUUCUUUUGAGAACAGGCAAGAGUUGGUAAAUGCAGGUGCCGUUCCCGUUUUAGUUUCUUUACUAUCUAGCGAUGAUGCUGAUGUUCAAUAUUACUGUACCACCGCCUUAUCUAAUAUCGCGGUGGACGAAGAAAACAGGAAAAAGUUAUCGGCCACAGAGCCCAAGUUGGUUGGACAGUUAGUCAGCUUAAUGGAUUCUCCUUCUCCUAGAGUUCAAUGCCAGGCCACACUUGCGUUGAGAAACUUGGCUUCAGACUCCACCUAUCAAGUUGAAAUUGUUAGAGCGGGUGGCCUACCCCACUUAGUGCAGCUUUUAACUUGCAACCAUCAACCUCUUGUUUUGGCUGCAGUGGCUUGCAUCAGAAAUAUUUCUAUUCAUCCUUUGAAUGAAGCCUUAAUCGUGGAGGCUGGAUUCUUGAAGCCCUUGGUUGCUUUGUUAGAUUAUACUGAUCUGGAAGAAAUUCAGUGCCACGCCAUUUCGACGUUGAGAAAUCUAGCUGCAUCGAGCGAAAGAAAUAGAUUGGCAUUGAUGAAUGCCGGCGCUGUUGAGAAAUGCAAAGAGUUAGUAUUGAGGGCGCCUUUGUCAGUCCAACUGGAAAUAUCGGCAUGUUUUGCAAUCUUAGCGUUAGCUGACGAUUUAAAGCCAAAAUUGUAUGAAAGCCAUAUUAUUGACUACUUGAUCCCCUUGACUUUUAGCGAAAACGGCGAGGUUUGUGGUAAUUCAGCGGCUGCAUUGGCAAACUUGUGCUCUAGAGUUUCCAGCGAACAUGAAGACUACAUUCUUGAUAAUUGGACGCAACCAAGCGAAGGUAUUUAUGGUUUCUUGAUCAGAUUUUUGCGCAGUGGAAGUGCUACAUUCGAACACAUCGCUUUGUGGACCAUUUUGCAACUAUUGGAAUCCAACAACCACGAAAUCCAAUCCUUGAUCAAAGAGAAUGAAUCGAUUUUAUCUGGCAUAAAGAACUUGAGUGAAUCUCAACAACAGGGAAGUAUUGUUCCUAAUGGAGCUGAUCUGAAUGAGUACGAGGAUCCAAAGGUCGAAUUGUUUAACUUGACCCAACAAAUUUUGCAAAUCUUGGGAUAA